AUGUUCAUGAAGAUAUCAAUUGUUCCAUCAAUUUUUAUUCCAUUGAAAACAAUAACUAAACUUAACAUUACAACAAUGAAUACUUCAUACCCAAUUAAACUAAUCAAAAACUCAAAUGUUUCAUUUAUCAACAUAGAAAAACAAAUGUUCAAUUUACUUCAUCGUCAUCAAAAAGAGGUUACUGCCACUACAUUAGCUAAGACUCUUAUCAAUUAUCUCAAAUCAACUAUAAAUCAAAAUGUUUCACUUUCAUUGAAUCUGAUUUUGACAAUUACUGAAAUAGAUGAUAUUGUUGGUCAAAUUAAUGUUAAAGUUAUCAUAAAUACAACAAAUUUGAACACAUAA